CAGUUGUUUCACAGUAUUUGACUUUCUUGGACUGCUGCAGAUUUUAUUUCUGGAUUGAAAUCUCGCAGUAAAUCGCCUGGACCUCUCGCAUAUGUGAUUGGUUUAACAAGUACCUUUAUUCUUCAGUGAGAGAUCAUGGAGCGCGACUCUACCGAGGGAGGGGCGGAGGAACUGCUCCUGGAAGACAAAGUUUCAAAGCUGCGUGCAGGAUCCCUUCACAAACACGAACUAGCUGAGGCCAUGGAAGUGGAACAGGAAGGACUGGUAGAACAUCAGCCUCUGGAGCAGGAUGACCUUAACUUUGAGAAAUGGAAGCCCAAGCCAAAGCCCAAGAGGACGCUGCAUGAGAAAAUCGACGACUUAAAGACUUACCUGUGGAACGCAGAGACAAAGGAGUUUAUGGGCCGCUCGGGGAAGAGCUGGAGCCUUAUUCUGCUCUUUUAUUCAGCAUUAUACAUUUUCCUUGCGGCCAUGUUUGCUGGUGGUAUGUGCUGCCUGAUGUGGUCGAUUAGUCCAUAUGCUCCCACCUACAACGACAGAGUGAUGCCACCAGGCAUGACUAUGUUUCCUCAUGUAGAUGUAGCUCAUGGGUUUGACAUUGCUUUCAAUGCCUCUGACCGAAGCUCGUGGAGGAAGUAUGCGAAAGCACUGGAAGCCCAUCUGAAACCCUAUGACGAUGGAGUGCAGGAUAGGCGGAACAUUAACUGCGAGGGAAAUACGUAUUUCAAGCAAGAAGACUUGGAGGAGAGUGCCGAGCGCAAGGCAUGUCAGUUUAAGAGGUCCUGGCUGGGUGAAUGCUCCGGCCUGAAGGACAAGGAUUUCGGCUACUCAAAGGGAAAACCCUGCAUCCUUGUCAAAAUGAAUCGGAUUCUCGGGUAUCUGCCUGGUCAGGGCACUCCAGUAAAUGUUACAUGUGGAGUAAAGAAAGGGUCAACUGAAGGCCUCGGAGAAGUCCAGUUCUUUCCGGGAAAUAUCUUCAACUUGCGGUACUAUCCCUAUUAUGGGAAACUGAGACAUGUGAACUACUCUUCCCCGCUGGUGGCUGUGCGCUUUCCUAGUGUCCAGUAUGACACCCAACUACACGUUCAAUGCAAACUGAAUGGCAAAGGCAUCAUCAACGAUUCACCAACUGACCGUUUCCUGGGUAGUGUGUCUUUCACUUUAGAAGUGGGUGCGUAGGGUGGUAGUAGACCUAGAAACAUUGAAAUUAAACUUCUCAGAGUAUGUUAUAAUAAAUGAAAUAGCACACUGGGUGUUGUCGUUACCCAUUAGCCCUCUGAUUAUGUCUCCGGCAGCCACUGUGCUAUUCUUGUCAGAGCUGUGUUUCUACACUACUUUUUCAUAAAAGGAAUUUCCCUGUAAGCAAAGACUGAGAUUCAUAGAUCACAUUCAGUAACGUAACAUCCAACCACUAGAGACUGACCUGCUUGGAUUUGAUUAUGAAAAGAUAUCCAAAUACAGUAAGUAGGUUGCAAUUAUAGCUAUUGAGGCAUAAUCACUCUACAGUGAGACGUAGGAAAGACAAUUCUCUGUAGAAUUAACAUUUAUUAAACCUUUUUAUCAGUUCUUUUGCUAAGUCAAAUGUGUAUAUAACACAAAUUAAAACAAAAAAAUAUUUUUUUAUGAUUCUUCUAUUAAGUCAGUCUCCUUUAAAUUCCCCCUUUGAAUAAAGAAAAAGGCCGAAAACUGCUUAACAUUAUCCUUAUGCUUUGCUAAUUUAAAUGAAUAACAAUCAGAUAUGGUUUAGAAUUAAUAAUUGAUUGUACAUUUUUGGAUUAAUUUUUUUCCACCUUUUUUUUGGAUGUGCAACUAAAUUUUUAUUCCAGUGGCAAAUGUAUUUUACUGAAAUGUGGGACAGAAAUCCCAUUUCAUCAUUUUCACAGAGCUUCAUAAUGAAGUACAAGUUGAUCUUUCUUUUUCAAGCAUGCAACUAACUCUUCUUAAAAACGGAAUAGAGUAUGUCACAUAAUUCAUCCGAGUGAAACUAUCUGCUCAGUUGCCUGUAAGGAGGAUUUCAACAGUAUUAUUUAUUAAUUGUAUUUGAAUAUAUUGACAUGGUACAAACAGUUACAAAGUGUAAUAGUGAGAUGGAAAUUGGUAACUGCACAUCUUUGUUAUUCAGUAAAUGCAACAAAAUAUCCACUUGCUGACAAAGAUUUGCCAGCUCAUGUUUUAAACGCACUCAUGAUGUUCUAGCAUAAACAAUAAAGAUGGAUGAGAUUUAACGGAA